AUGAAGCCCUCCCUCUCCUGGCUGCUGCCAGCCUCCGUGGCCGUCCAGGCCGUAACGCAUGGCUCGGAUCAUAUCCACCGGGAUGCCGUCUCAUCCGUAGUCAAGCACGGCAUCAACUACACCGUCUACGAGCAUGCAGCCACCAACUCGUCGCUGGAGAUCGUCGCGAACUCGGGCAUCUGCGAGACCACUCCGGGGGUGAGGCAGUAUUCCGGCUAUCUCUCCGUGGGCGAGGACAUGAACAUGUUCUUCUGGUUCUUCGAAGCCCGCCAGAACCCCGAGACGGCCCCCCUGACGGCCUGGCUCAACGGAGGCCCAGGCUGCUCGUCCAUGAUCGGCCUGUUCCAGGAGAACGGCCCCUGUCGCUUCGUCCACAACGAGACCACCCCGUCGCUUAACCCGUACAGCUGGAACAACCACUCCAACAUGCUCUACAUCGACCAGCCCAUCGGGGUGGGCUUCUCCUUCGGCAACGACCCCGUCGACAGCACCGUGUCCGCCGCCCCGUAUGUCUGGAAGUUGCUGCAGGCCUUCUACACGCACUUCCCGGAGUACGAAAGCCGGGAGUUUCACCUAUUCACGGAGUCAUAUGGUGGACACUACGGCCCCGCAUUCGCGAAAUACAUCCAGGCGCAAAACAGGGCCAUCGCCUCCCAAACCCUAACCGGGGAACCCAUCCAGCUGGUCUCCCUCGGGAUUAACAACGGGUGGUUCGACUCGAGCACGCAGGAAUAUUCGUACAUCACGUACUCGCUGCUGAACAGCUACCGGGCGCUGAUCAACGUGACCGCGGCGGUCGACUACGGCGCCAACUACCGGCGGUACUGCUCGCCCGCGCUGGACAACUGCACCGCGUCCGCGACGGACGAGGCCUGCCGCGAGGCCGAUGCCAUCUGCGCCGCCGUCGUCGAUGACCCUCUCGUUGCGUCGGGCGAUUUCGACGUCUACGAUAUCCGCAGGCCCGCGGACGAUCCGGACCCCCCGUCGACGUACUCGGUUUAUCUCCACAACCAGACGGUCAGGAACGCCAUUGGGGCACGCUCAACGUACCAGGAGUGUCCGCAGGGUGUGUUUGACAAGUUCGCGUAUACGGGAGAUAACGCCCGCAGCUUCCUCCCCGCCCUCUCCGACGUCGUCCAAACGGGGAUCAACGUGCUGCUAUGGGCAGGCGACGCCGACUGGAUCUGCAACUGGUUCGGGGUGCAAGCCGUCGCCAACGCGGUCAACUUCUCGCAGCAGGACGCCUUCCGCCGGGCCCCGUUGCAGUCGUACACGGUGGACGGCGUGGGCAGGGGCGAGUACAAGUCGGCCGGGAACUUCACCUUCCUGCGUGUGUUCGAGGCUGGGCAUGAGGUGCCGUAUUAUCAACCCGAAACCGCCCUCCAGGUCUUCAGCCAGAUGGUCAAACGAGCCCCCAUUUUCUCGACAUGA